AUAUUCCGACGGAACUUGAACGCAGCAUCAGUGGAGGAGGAUUUUGCGGGUCCGAAAAUGAAACUGUUUGUUGUUUCGUCUCAUGAAUGGAUCCUCAGUGGCUGUUAGUUUAGCUUAGCACUGGCUGUGAUCGCGCUCUAAUACGAUUUGCGGACGCAGCAGCGGAGUAUCGCGAUAACAUGAGCUGCAUGUGUGACUCGGAUGUCGGGAUUUGUUUUGCUACACGGUUAGCUUGUUAGCUCACUCACACUUAGCGCGUCGCUGUCAUGUCAGAUUAAAACAUCCGGCUUUGUAAAUUAUUGUAAAUCACAUGACCACCGAGCAGGUCUUCCUGUGGGACUCAUUACCGGCUAGCUGUCAUAAUGUUAACAAAGUAACGGGACGAACAAUAGUGAAGUUGUCACGGUGAGCUAAGCUAACCGGAGUUAGCCGUUAACGGAACAGUUGAAGCUAACUAGCAUCAUGGCUAACGUCACAGACCUGCAGACUAAAUACAGCAAGCUGGCUCAGGAGUACUCCAAGCUCCGGGCUCAGAACCAGGUGCUGAAGAAGGGAGUUGUGGAUGAACAAGCCAACUCGGCCUCACUAAAGGAUCAGCUGAAGCAGCGGGACCAGAGCCUGAGGAAGCAGGAGCAGGAGAUGGACAGUCUCAGCUUCAGGAACCAGCAGCUGGCCAAGAGGGUGGAGCUGCUGCAGGAGGAGCUGGCUGCGAGUGAAUCCAAGGGCAAAAAGGGGAAGAGUAAAGGAGACUCUCCCUCGCAGCACGGCCUGCAGACUCAGAGUGUUUUUAAUGAGGACCUGCAGAAAAAGAUAGAAGAAAAUGAGCGGCUUCAUAUCCAAUUUUAUGAAGCAGACGAGCAGCACAAGAGGGAGGAGGCCGAGCUGAAGACACGACUAGAGGAGCUGGAAAGAAACUCUGAGCAGCAUCAGGCCGUAGUGGACGGACUCACCACUAAGUACAUGGAAACAAUCGAGCGGCUGCAGAGUGACAAAGCACGUUUGGAGGUGAAAGCACAGACUCUGGAGAGAGAAGCAAAGGAGUGCAGAAUGCGAACAGAAGAGUGCCAGCAGCAGUUGAGGCGGUGCCAGUCGGAUCUGAACCGACAGGUGAAACAGAGCAGCAGUGUGAUCCAGGAGAAAGUGCCCUUCAAUGACACCAAAUUCAGCGACUACAACAGCCUAAAUGUGCCGCCACACAACCGAAGGCACCAGCUUAAAGCUCGGGACGUGGCCGGUCAGGCCCUGAGCUUCAUUCAGGACCUGGUGGCUGCUCUGCUGAACUUCCACUCCUACACAGAGCAGAGGGUUCACAUUUACCCUCUGGACUCCUCUAUUGAGCCCAUCUCCCCUCUGAACCAGAAGUUUUCUCAGUAUCUACAUGAGAACGCAGCCUAUGUGCGCCCCCUGGAGGACAGCUUCUUGCAGUUACACCAAAGCAUCACAGAGGACACAGUCACAGUCCUGGAGACGGUGGUCAAGCUGAAGAGCUUUGCCGAUAACUUCUCCACAUACACCCACUUUCUGCAGAAGAUUCUCCCCUACCAGCUGAAAAGCCUGGAAGAAGAGUGUGAAGCACCUCUUAGUACUGCCGCCUUAACUGCGAAAAACAGGGAGCUGCAGAGCGACAUGAAGAGAAUCACGUCUGUGUUUGAGAAGCUGCAGAGCUACAUUAACCUUUUGGCCUUACCUAGUGUUCGACAGGACGCUCUGCCACAGAGCAGCACCUCAGCUGUCUUCACCCAGCUGGCUGCCUGCCUGCACAGUCUUCACGAUGCCAUUAAAGAGAUGUCGAAGCAUUACAACCAGAAAGCCAGCUUGGAGCAGGAGCUCCCCACCGUCACCCAGAAACUCUGCACCACCACAGAGUGCCUGCUGGGAUCUCUGGGCUCUCUGAACAGCAGCACCGGAAAGAUUGCCACUUUCUUCAGCAACAACUUGGACUUCUUCACAUCACCCGGCUACAGUCCGAGAGGCAGCACAGUCGCACUGAACCCGCUGCAGGCGGAGAGUAUGUUGGCCAACAAAAAGAAGGCAGCUGCCUACAUCCAGGCCGUCAAAAAACCCAGGCCUCAGUCCGUUCCUUACAGAGAAGCUCUGUCAAACCGUCGAAUACUCACCAGCUCCACUGAGAGCAGAGAAGGUCUCAGCCAGCAGGUGCAGCAGAGCCAGGAGAAGAUCGCUCGGCUGGAGCAGGAGAAGGAGCACUGGCUCCUGGAGGCCCAGCUGGGGAAGGUGCGGUUGGAAAAGGAGAACCAGCGCAUUGCGGACCUGGAAGCGCAACUCGCGGCAGCUCUGGGGGGAAGUCCAGACUCACGAACAGCUGCAGCAGCCAGCACGCUCGCACAGAGCCAUGAGGAAGAAGAGACGGAGCAGAGAGCUGCAGGGAAGGAGACUACGCUCUGCACCAGCCUGGUUGGCAUGCUGUGCACAACACCCUCAAUCGAAGAUGUGGGAGACGAGGAGUCCAGGGAGCAGCUGAUAAAGACUCACUACAUGGCGAGGGUCGGCGAGCUCACCACGCAGCUCCAGAUCUCAGACAGCAAAGCGGUGCACUUUCACUCCGAGUGUCGAGCGUUGGCCAAGAGGUUAGCCAUCGCAGAAAAGUCUCGGGAGACUCUGAGCGAGGAGGUCAAACUGGCCAAUCAGAACAUCACACGCCUGCAGGACGAGCUGGCCACGACGAAGAGGAGCUACGAGGACCAGCUGAGCAUGAUGAGCGACCACCUGUGCAGUAUGAACGAGACGUUGAGCAAACAGAGGGAGGAGAUCGACACGCUGAAAAUGGGCAGCAAGGGAAAUGCAAAAAAGAACAAAGGGCGCUAGAGCUGCCCGUCACUCUCUGGCUGCAUCGGGCUUCACAAAGGGCGCCUUAAGAAGAGAUCCGGUCUGUGGAGCCUCCAGCAGCGUCCUGCUACCAACAAUCCCACCGUCUUAAACCACGGGGACGGUCGACGCCAGCCUCCGAUUCCUCCUCCUGUCAGACGCUGGAGACACAAAUGAACUGUGUGGAGGCUUGAACAUGUUUCACUGAAUCUUCUUUUCCCCCCUCCCUUCUUCCCCGACACAGCACCACUUAUAACUUAACAUGAUUUGCUCCCAAAAAUGCCGGAAGCUUCUGGGCCAACGCAGAGCGGGAGAGAGAAAAAAAACUUUCUCCAAAAAAACAAAAAAAAAAAGGGACAGAAGGAAGGAGGACGAUAACGCUCACUGAUGUCAACACUUGAAGACCUAACCCUGUUAAUCAGUGUGCUCGUUUUUUUCCUGCUCGUCGUUCAUGUGACAGAUCAUGAAACUGUCCAAUCGUACGGCUCGUCUGUCAAAGCAGGGGAGCAGAUGUUUCAUGAUGUGUGCGGCGGUGUGACUGUGGCAGGAUACACACCAUGUGAGUUUUGUUUUACACUUAGGUUUUUUAAAUUCAAUUAGAGAUUAUUGUGCAAAGAAGUUCCCAUGCAGGGACCUCUAAACACCCCCCUAAAAAAAAAACACACGCAUACAUCACAAGCUUCUGAGAAGAAGGGCUUUAAAACCUUAACAAAGACACUUGAAUUCAUUCCUCUGGGAGUGGAGAAAGGAAAAAGAAAAAUGUCUGCCUUGAAGCGCUGAUUCAGUGUUUACCUGGACUAAAAAAAAAAAAAGGGCAGUGUAGACAAGUCGAAGCUCGUCAAACGGUGUCAGUCUGUCUCCUUGAAGUUACUCGAACAGUAGUUGUUUUUUAUCACCAAAGGAAGUCUGGACGUGCACUUUGUGUGGCAACAGAUUUCAUGUCGUAUUAUGUAUGGACUAAAAAGGGUUAAUGUGAAUAUACAUUCAUUUUCAAAUCAUGAUAGAAUUGUACU